AUGGCUACUACUCUUCACUGUCCUAUCCUCCUUGCCCUAGUCUUCUACCUAUCCACAACAUCAUUUGCAGGGGACAGUGCUGUUGUCGCCCGACCCGUCGUUCACAUUAUCAGUGCCAUGAACAAAAAUACAGCGCCAAUCAACCUUCGAUGCAAGGUUAAUGGAGCUGUAAAAAUUCUUCAUGCACUCAAUGCAGGAGAGGACUAUCAAUGGAGUGCUGCAGAAAAUGAUGUGUACUACUGUGAUGUAAUUUGGGAUAGGUGGUUUGCUGCUUGGCAUGGGUUUGAGCCUAAGAGAGACCAGGGCCAAGAGACCAUCUUUUGGAAGGUGAACAAGGAUGGGUUCUUUUUUAGCUGGGAUAGAUCUAGGUGGGAGAAGAAGUUUUCUUGGGAAACUGAUUAA